AUGGUAUACGCGCUUCUCCGCUGUCAUAAGCGCUCAUCCGCUGUUCAGCUGAUUUCGUCAUCGUUAUUUGUCAGCUUCGCCACAGUGACUGACAACAAGGUGGGUUUCGUCACAUUUCUUCGUGGGAACAUCAAUAUUCACCAAAACCUUUCCGUACUACCCGAACCUCCCACUUUACAAGAGGAGCCUGCUGCUCCUGCACCUGAGCCUGUGGCCGUCGUCUCGGCUCUUCCUACCCAAAUUCAAAAGCAGGAUGCGCCCACUCGAUUCAAAUCGCCUGUGUCUCUUUCUUCCCGCCCCGCGGUUCGUGGCAAGUACAAGGGCAUCGAUCAGGCUGUUGACAUGCCUUCGUCGACUGGUUUCAUGCCUGGACUCGACAAAGUAGGAAUGCAGUUUGGAAGUUUGAGUCUUGGUGGAGAUGUUAUUGAGCCCACGCUCAUCGAACCUCCCGCAGCUGAACAGCAGCCAUCGCCGCAGCAGGCCAUGCAGCCCCUCUCACCUCCUGCGCUUCCCGCACCCGUUCAACAACAAGAACCUCAACAGAGCGUUCCUGCGCCUGUACCGUCUGUUGCUAGCUCUAUUGCUACUUCUCCCUCGCAGCCAAUGCUCCCUCCUUCAGUGCAGCCUGUUCUACUACCUUCACAGACAACGCAAUUUGUACCUCCCCAACCGACAGCACCAAUCCCGCAGGUACCUCAACAUGCUCUUGCACCUUCAAUGUCCCUUCCUACCCUUCCGCCAUCGAGUACCAGCUUCACUCAGCAGCCUCCCUCACAAGCGCAGCACCAGCAUCAGCACCAGUCGCAACACCAGCCACAGCCGCAGCACCAACCUCAACAUCAACCUCAGCAUCAACCCCAACAUCAACCCCAGCAAUUGCUGCAGCUUCAGCCGUAUGCUGCACACUUGCACCUCGACAGCCCGCAAACGCAGUCUCAACAGUACAGCCCUGCCCAGCAGGUGCAGGCCCAGUCCGUGGCGUACUACAUCCCGAACAGAUGGGUCCGACAGGCCGACACGGACGAACAGACGAACGGAACUUUCGAGGAACCAUUCGGGGUGCUCCCUUGCGACGGUGCUGAAUUCGAUGAGCUGGCGUUUGACCAGGGAACAUGACUAUACUAGUGUAAUUUCUUGUACAGCUUUUUCACUUGCAAUUAAAUAUAUGUUCUUUUUUCGCUCUUUUUCAACUUGUAGCCUUUCUGGCGCUUAUGUGUCACGCGC